GUGUUAGGGCUGAGACGCUCGUUCAGAGCAACCAUCAUGAGUUCCCUAGUGCCAUUCCUUCUCGUAAUCGCGCUCACAGAUCUCAUCUUGGGGGAAAAGGAGGACAGUCAACUUCAUGAAUUAUCAGCUUCGCGAGGUGUGUUUCCGGGCGAAAAAGAGUACCCCGAUGUCAAACAUGGAGAAGCCAGAGAAGGAACUUCCCUCACCGAUGCCACAACCCCCUCUACCACCACCAUCAACCCCACCACUACCAUGUCUAGCCUCAUCGAGAUAAUCAACACAGGCACCAUUCCUCUCGUGUCGUCUGGCAAGGGGACCUGCCGAGUGAUCAGCAACGAUUAUUACACCUACAUCCUGAGCCCUCGGUACCCAUCUCCGCACCCGCCCAGCUCUUAUUGCUACAUCACAUUCAAUACGACCGAACCUCGUUUUCUGAGGUUCUUACCUGUGACCCCGAAUUUUGGCUGGUUCGACUACAUGGCGAUCAGCGGCGUCUACAAAGAUAAGAGAAGCAUAAACGGCCAGAGUACGUCUCAAGAAAUUAUUUUUCCAUCUACGAGAGUCACUUUUGAGUAUAGCGCUUUCUGGCUCUUCGAUCAAAAUCCGUUCUACAUAUACAUGGAAGCAAAGAACAACGAUUGCCAGCAGUUGAUCAAACUUCGCGAUGGAGCAUCCGGUGAGCUUUAUCUGCCAACUUCCUUCCCUACAAGUCCCUACUGUCAGUGGUGGAUCAGGGCACCAGCAGGAAGACGAGUUUUCUUCGAUGUUCUCGAGUUCUCCUCUGGCAGCAGCGACUGCAGUCGUUCCUACGCCCUCGUUAACUACGGGGGACUCGAUUUCAACGGCCCAUCUACCACGCGCCUCUGCGGCCAGAGCGUUACAUCGGCCCUGUCGGAGGGCAAUGAGAUGAAUGUGCUUGUCAAAGCAACGGUCGGCUCCCUAACAACAUUCAGAGCCAUAUACAGUUUGAUCUAAAAUUGAAUCCGACAAGUUUCCAAAAUUUUAUCUAAGCAAGGGGAUUAACUUUAAUUCAGAGUAAAUGGAUGUUAACAUUUAAUUUUUUCUUGGACAUAGUAUGCAUAUAUACAUUGAGACCGUUAAUGCCUGACCUUCUUUCUAAUCACUGUGAACUAGCUGAAUGUGAAAGUCUAUUCCGAAACAAGCACAUGAUGCCAUUCAUUACGAAUAAAAUUUCACAAGCAA